AGUGCAAAUCGAGCGCGUUCUUUAGAUAGAAUAAUGUUCGAGAUAAAGGGGUAAAUAGUUUUUAAUCAGUUAUUAGUGAAACCGUAAUGGACUAAUUAAAAAAAUAUAUUUACGCCUUACUAAAUGAAGGAUCCAUAAGGAAGCUAGUAGCAACAUAAAAUAGAAUCUCUUGGUGACAAGCUGUGAUAUAAAAAUCCAUGACGAUGGAGAGUGCAAUAAGAAAUAGUGACAAUAGUGAUCUAAUUGUAGCCAAAACAGUAGCGAUGCUGGUAUUAGGAUUAGCGUCUUUUUGUUUAGGAUUAUUACCGAUAAAACUAACAAAAGUGAUAUCUAUUAAAACAGUAAAUGGCGAUAAAAACUUAACGAUAUCAUUGUUAUUAUGUUUUGGUGGCGGGGUGUUACUUUUUACGACGUUUCUGCAUCUACAGCCAGAAGUUCGACAAGGGUUCCAGCACCUAGAAAAAGCUGGAUACGUCUCGACCAUAGGUCCGGGUAUACCUCUAGCUGAACUAGUAUUUUGUGUAGGAUUUUUCUUUGUUUAUCUUAUAGAAGAAAUUGUACAUUUGUAUUUAGAUAGGAAGCAUAGUCAUAUUAAUAAUAAUAAUGCUUUACAUAAAUCGUUAGCGGUUAGAAAAAGUUCCAAGCAAGAAGUAACGAUACCAAGAGUGUCCUUAAUAAAAAUAGACGACGGUAAUAUAAGUUGUAUUAGCACGUCCAACAAGGAUUUACUUAAUUCUCAGAUCACAGUUAACCUCGAAAAGGCUCAACCGGAGUUCCACCAACACAAUCAUCAUCAACACCAUCACUUCGACGAUACUAGUAAAGCCUCUUUUGGAGGAUUCUUGGUUGUGAUAGCUCUAAGCUUCCAUGCUAUCUUCGAAGGGUUAGCUGUUGGACUAGAAGGUAGUGUCGAAAAAGUAUGGUAUCUGUUUGCUGCCAUCGCCACUCAUAAGUUAGUUAUAGCGUUUUGUGUCGGGAUGGAGUUGGUGACGUCUCAAACACGGACUUUGUUAGUAUUUCUUUAUAUUGGUACUUUCGCUGUGGUAACGCCUUUGGGAAUUGGCGCCGGAAUAAUUCUAAGUGAAAAAGACAGUACGGAAGAUGUGACAUCAAUUGUACUUCAAGGUAUGGCAGCUGGAACUCUGCUCUAUGUUGUAUUUUUCGAAGUUCUUGCAAGGGAAAAGAACAACAAUCACAGCGGCUUUUGGCAACUGCUUGCCAUAUGGGCUGGUUUUGCCUGCAUGUUUGUCUUACAAGUGAUGAUUGGCCAUGGUCACGACCACAACCACGAACAUAAAGACCAUCAUCACAGGACGACCCAUCAGGAGUCUCAGUAUUCGUUUCAUGACACCGCCAUAUUAACGACAGUCCCAAAUAUUUAAGAAUUUCAAGAAUCCAAGGACGAUAGCUGAAUAAAAUGUUUCUCGAUGAUGAUCUGAUUCUGUUUCAUACGUAUCUAUAGCUACAUAAGGACAUAUUUAUUUCGUAUAAGUUUAUAUUCGGACAAACAUUAAAUAAUAAAUUGUUUAUUUACAAAAGUUUAAAUAAAAAAAAAUAAGAGAAAUUAAAGGUUAAUAUAAUAUUGAUUUAGCGUAUGGUAUUUCGACAUAUUUACAAUAUUAAAUUUGAGCUCAAACUCUUUAUUUUGAUGUCAACUAUCACCCAUUAGCUAAUGUCCAAUUAAUUAUGAGAUACCCUGUAUACUUAUACUACUUUAUAUUACAGAAAAAUGUCCCAAAACACAUACGUAGUAGAUAUGCCCACUGUUAUUUUUUUAAGUAUUUAAUUUAAUUAUAAAAAAUAAGAAAGUACGAAUACAAAUUGAUUCAAAUUUGUAUAAUAUUGUGAUAUAAUAAAUUGUUAAUAAGGUAAUUUUAAAUAAAGUUUAAUUUUUU